GCCCAGCCAUGCCCGCUCCGCUGCUCCCGCUGCUGCUGCGAACACUGCUGUCCUGCCUGCUGCUGCCCGCGGCCCGCCUGGCCCGCCAGCACCUCCUGCCCCUGCUGCGCCGCCUGGCUCGCCGCCUGGGCUCCCAGGACAUGCGAGAGGCUGUGCUGGGCUGUCUGUUGUUCGUCCUCAGCCAGAGACACCCGCCGGACGCUGGGGAGGCCUCCAGAGUGGCCCGCCAGGAGAGGAGGGAGAGGCUAGCCCACCAGAAAUGAGGCCACGAGUCCUGGGAGCAGCUGUAUUCAUCGAAACACUUUCUUUUUGGAGUGAGACAGUCCUGGCGUGGUCACUGACCAAGGGGUCAGACCAGGACAUGCCUCCCCACUACCAGCAGAAACAAUUGGAAGGAUGAUUGGAAGGAUGCCCUGCAUCGAGCGGGAAACUCAUCAUGACCCCUCCUUCCCUCUGCAUUCUUCCCAAGACCCUUCCUAGUCACCUCUGGCCUGAGUCGGGGGAUGAACUGACCGCCCCCCCCAUUCCCAGGCAAAUGGUAAUACGAGGUCCCAUCAAAAACAAUGCUUAACCCAAGGACAACUGAGAAUUUAGCUGACAGAAGAGAUCUUCAUCUGUCUGUCUUCCAGACUCAGUAGCUUAAGAUAGGACCUUGGUUCCCUAGGGAGUCAGUCCUGUCCCCGGAAGGCCAGCAUGCA